UGCGUGUAAUUUAUUAACAUGGCCCACCCCAUAUCCGCCUCCGAAAAGAAAACCUCACAGCAAGUCGUGUUGCAGUGGAGUUUGCCCUCACACAACAUUCGUUCCCUUCAAGAUGGCUACUUCACGGAAGAUGGGACGAGAAUUGGUGCUUCUUGGAGUUUACUUAGGGUUUAUCAUGCUACAAUGUCAUAUCCUUACUUGUAGCUCUGCGCCCGUCGACAUCACAGAAGGCAGCAGAUCUACCACUGCAAAUGUGCCAUCAUCAAAUCAGAGUGAUGAGACAAAACAGAACGGUUCCUCAAAUGGCCAGUCGGGUGUAGUGUCUCCUCCUGAAAGUGCUAGCCAGGCCCAGUCACCUUCUGUUGGCUCGAUCCCAGCAAAGCCAGAGUCAGACUCGGCCCCAGCAAAGCCAGAGUCAGACUCGGCCCCAGCAAAGCCAGAGUCAGACUCGGCCCCAGCAAAGCCAGAGUCAGACUCGGCCCCAGCAAAGCCAGAGUCAGACUCGGCCCCAGCAAAGCCAGAGUCAGACUCGGCCCCAGCAAAGCCAGAGUCAAACUCGGCCCCAGCAAAGCCAGAGUCAAACUCGGCCCCAGCAAAGCCAGAGUCAAACUCGGCCCCAGCAAAGCCAGAGUCAAACUCGGCCCCAGCAAAGCCAGACUCAAACUCGGCCCCAGCAAAGCCAGACUCAAACUCGGCCCCAGCAAAGCCAAAGAAUGUGUCUUCAGAGACUCCAGAUGCUACGCCUAAAGGGUCUAAUGACAGUAGUGUUCCAGGCGCCCAGCCACAGUCCACAGCGCCUUCAGCCACCGACACCACAAUUGUGAGUCCUACCAAAACCGCUACCAAAAUUAACGGCAGUGCCACCAGCACUAUGGCUGCACCUCCAUCCAAAUCCUCUGCGUCUCCCACCGUGCCCACCAGCACUGAAGUGAACGUCCCACCGAAGCGCACAAACAUCCCACAGUCUAAAGCCACCAGCAGCCCACGACUGGAGGCGGCGGAGGACGAAGACGACGAGGAAGAGGACUACAAAGGGGAGUACGUAGAUGACCCCACGCCGGACACCCGCGGCGGUGUAGAGGACAAUGGAACGGAUGAGGAAAUUACUUUGGGGGAUGAUGACCAAGACAAUGAUAUAACCAACCUGGACACUGAUGAUGAUGAUGAUGGUGAUGAUGAAUACGAUAAAAUGAUGCCAAAGCUACCAACCAUCCCAAAGAAGUUUGGUGAGCAGGAUGCCACCAUUUACACAAACCCGGAUGAGGACACGCAUUUCUUUGUUCACCUGGUCAUAAUUGCCUUCUUGGUGGCCAUUGUGUACAUUACCUAUCAUAACAAGCGAAAGAUAUUCCUGCUUGCCUCGAGCCGUCGCUGGAAGGACGGCCUGUGCUCUCGCGGUGGCGUCGAGUAUCGGCGACUCGACCAGAACGUCAAUGAAGCCAUGCCCUCGCUGAAGAUGACCAAUGAUUACAUCUUUUAGAGCCUGUGGCCUUCAGAGGACAAAGACACGUCGGGUUUAGAGAGUUUUGGUGGUAGGGUUUUUUUCUCUAUCCCUUUCUGUUUUCACUUUUACAGUGGAGCCCCAGGGUUUCACAUUGUUUGCUCGUCCACACGAUCGUUUUUUUGGGUUUGUUUUUUCUUUUGGAGAAACUAUCUCUUUCUGGCUCUUUUUGGAACAUGUUUCAUCCCGUCUGUCUUAAAGGUUUUAUUGCACAGUUGAGUGUUUGGUGGGUAAUUGGCCACCAUGUGUGGCCAUAAUGUUGUAGAUUAUUAAAAAGAUUAAGAUUAUUAAGAUUAUAUUUUCACACAAGUGGAAUGAGGCACAGAGUGCAGAGUCACUACUAUACAUGUGAAAUGUAGACUCGGGAUAUCCCCCCUGAAGUUUGGAGCUGAGAUGUUGCUUUGCUGUUAGAGACAGCACCAAAUGCAAUAUUAUUAUUACUUAUUAUCAUUUUUUGUUGGGAGAUGGGAAAAUAAAUAUCAAAGUAAUAUCACUUCACCAAUAGGAAGUGUUUCUUUUUUUCUUUUGACGAUUUAGCAUCUCCACAAUAUCAGGGCAUCAGGUCGUAUCGGAGACUUGCUCAUAUUUUUGCGAUGCGUUUGAACACCUGUCCCUUUUUUAUAUUUGAAUUUGAGUUAUGACUUCAGUGAAGUCUCUUGAAAUGAGGAUGUUGCGACUGUUUGCAGUUGUUGAGAUGAAAGGUGUCUGUUUUCUUUGCGGUCUUGUGGGCUUUGAUCCUUUCACAUGAGUAUUGUUGUCGUAUGUGGCCGUAUUAUUCUCAAAGAAUGCUGUAUUACUUCAGGAGAGAUUGAAUUUCGACUCACAACAGAAAGUGCAAAAGUAGGUAAGCAACUUCACAGGCCCUCUGCCACAUCACCACAUUUCUGAGGGCCUACAAUAUCAAUCCUAUUGUCAAUACCACAUAGGUGGUAUUCAUACCCUUGUUGAGCAUUAAUGUGUGUUAGUGUUGGUAAAAUGUCGAAGAGAAUUGUCCUGGAGUUGUAAAAUGGUGUAAAGAGUGGUAAACAUAUUCUUAACCAAUUUCUGUAACAGUAAUCCGGUGUGGGAAAAAUGACCACAACAGGCAUGAUUUGUUACUUUGUGCCUAUGCUGAAUUUAGCUGUAGGCUUUAUUCACCUUUUUUUUUUUUUAAUUAAAGCACAACUGUAAAUAUA